AUGUGGGCAUUCCUUGGCCUUUUUAGUUUCACUUAUGUGUACAAGAAAUUUGAUGCUAUACUGUCUUUGACGCACAAAGAUAUUGUUUUUGGUUUAUGUGUUUUCUUUGCGAUCGUGCUUGCGCUUUUGUUAGUUGCUUACUACUAUGGACAAAUUCAAAAAAUCCCCUCGCUUUUUCGCACCGUGGUGGACAUUGUGUCCUCUUUGCCACUUGCUCAUAUCGUCUUCUCCAAGUCUCCAAUUCCAGAGGAAUGUUGUCGUGGAGAAGAUUCAUGUGUCAAGGUACGCAGCUGUAGAAGCGCAGCGUGUGAGGCGGAGAACACCUGUGCAGCGACUGUGCCUCCACCAGACCCCGAUGUCAUUAUCGUCGGGGCCGGUGUCCUGGGCUCCGCCAUGGCAGCGGUUUUAGGUCGUGAUGGUCGUCGGGUCACGGUGAUUGAACGGGAUCUCCGAGAACCUGAUAGAAUAGUGGGAGAGUUACUGCAACCAGGAGGAUAUCGUGCACUGAAAGAACUUGGCCUAGAGGGUUCGGUUGAAGGACUGGAUGCUCACAUAGUGGAUGGCUAUGUCCUGCAUGACGCAGAGACUGGGGCAGCUAUCGUGAUCCCAUACCCUCAGGAGAGGAGUGAAGUUCAAUGUGGCCGUGCCUUUCACCAUGGCCGUUUCAUCAUGGGCCUUCGUUGUGCAGCACUAGCCGAGCCCAAUGUUCAUUUCAUAGAGGGCACAGUAACGAGCCUGGAGGAGGAAAAUGGCUGUGUGACUGGGAUCCAGUACAGGGAUAAGGAGUCUGGAAACACACAGGCAGUCUAUGCUCCGUUGACUGUGGUGGCUGAUGGCUGUUUUUCAAAGUUCAGGAAAGGCCUUGGUUCAGGGAAAGUGCAUACCUCCUCUCAUUUUGUUGGCUGCAUCAUGAAGGACUCCCCCCAGUUCAUACCCAACCACGCUGAGGUGGUGCUGGCCGACCCCAGUCCCAUCCUCAUCUACCAGAUCUCCUCCACAGAGACCCGCGUGCUGGUGGACAUCCGCGGGGACCUGCCCAGGAACCUGAAUGAGUACAUGACCGACAGGAUUUACCCUCAGAUGCCAGAACACAUCAAGGAGCCUUUUCUGGAGGCUGUCCAGAAUAACCGCUUGAGAUCCAUGCCAGCGAAUUUCCUCCCCGCCUUCCCAGUGAACAAAUGCGGGGUGCUAGUGUUGGGCGAUGCCUACAACAUGAGGCACCCACUGACAGGAAGCGGGAUGAGCGUUGCGCUCAAUGACCUGAGGAUAUGGAGAGGCCUCCUCAGAGACAUCCCCGACCUGCACGAUACCAUUGCCUUGAUACAGGCGAAGAAGAAGUUCCACUGGGAAAGAAAGGCAUCACACUCAUUUGUAGUGAAUAUUCUUGCCGAGGCACUCUAUGAGCUCUUCGCUGCGACUGACAGCUCACUACAUCAACUUAGACAAGCUUGCCUGCAUUAUUUUCAGCUGGGAGGGGAAUGUAUAUCUGGGCCUGUUGGACUGCUGUCGGUGUUAACGCCCCAUCCCAGGACCCUGAUUGGCCAUUUCCUUGGAGUGGCGGUGUAUGCCAUGUACUUUAGCUUCAAGAGUGAGCCGUGGUGGACGAAGCCGCGUGCCCUUCUGAGUAGUGUGGCCAUCCUGUACCGUGCCUGUGCCGUCAUGGUCCCCCUCAUCUUCUCCGAGUUUAAGUACCUUAUAUAUUAAACUAAUGCUCCGGCUGUGUACUGUAUGUGCUGUCCUCUACAUUGAGAUCAUUUCACCAAGCCUAACCCCUCAUGAACGGUGCUCAGGAAAAGUACACUUUUGUGUUCCCAUUUAUUAAGGGUAUUUAUACAUCUAAGCGUCAAUUCCGACCUCA